UAUGAGGUCUCGUCUCGCCGUUAGGUAGCGGUCCAGCUAACUUUACAGCUAACAAUGCCUGGGAAAUGUAAAUUCCAAGACUCCUGGCUAUCAAAGGCAAUUUACAAGGACUGGCUGGUGAAGGACACCCAGGAUAUACAUUUUGCCCGUUGUAAGGCGUGUUGUAAAUCAAUUAAACUUCAGACCAUGGGCGAGGCUGCGCUCACCAGCCAUGCAGGGGGAGCUGGCCACAAAGCAGCGGUGCGCAAGCUAGUAGAAGGCAGUCUGAUGAUGAUAAAUGCUGCUGGACAGACUAACGGCACAGUGAACCAGGCUGAGGACAACAAAGAGCAAAUGAAUGUCUGUGUUCAACGGGAAUCCUUGGAAAGAUUAACAAGCAGUGACUGGUCUGAUCUGCACCACAGCCCUACUACAAAUUCCACCGCCCACAAUGCAGAGCUACAAGAUGUGGCAUUUCCUGCUGCCUAUUUCACAGCACCAGGCACAUCCAGGCAUAUCAGCCAGCGCCUCCAUCCGUCAGUCAGUGAGACAGAGGAAUCAGGCCACGUCCCGUCUCAGCAGGACUCCAUCGACCUCUCCAGACUGGAGUUCCAGCAGAGGUCAGACGCUCUGGAGCAGCAGCAGCAGAUGAAGAUCUUGGAGUGGGAGAACAGGAUGAAGGUGCUGGCGUGGGAGCAGGAUUUGGUGAGGGAGAAGAGGAGAGCAGCCCGGCAGAAGGAGAAGGCCUUCAGGAUGAAGAAGGCUUACUACAAAGCUAAGCUGAGGAGGAUGGGCCAGGACGUGCCACCAUCUUCCUCAAGCAGCAGUGAUGAAGAGGAGAAAACGUCACAUCCAACAGGAUGAACUGUUUUAUACUUGUUUUUAUUAAUGCCUGUUUAAAUGUUGGAUUCUUUUGUCUACAUGCCAUAACACUGUCACUAUUUUUAUACAUUGUAUUUUAAUGCAAAUGAGGAGUUUGCUGUAUAUUUGCAUCAGCUGCCCCUACACUAGAGGGGAAAAUCACUUAUCAGUCUACAUGCCUUUAAAAAUUAUGAAAAUCAAGAAACAUGCUACGUAGUCACAAGUAGUGCUACUUUAAAGCCCCUGUGACUUUUUAGCUGGCUCUGAAACGGACAAAAAUCAAACUGAUUACUUUUUGUGCAAAAAAGAGAUCAUGAGCAAAAAAUGGACCAUUUCUGUAAAGUUACUUUAAUGCCUAUCAUCACUACCAGGGGGUAGGUUUCAAAAAUUUGAGAUUACAGCACUGAAGAAACAGCCUUUUUUACAGUUUCAACAAAAAUGAAUAUCUUAAGACUGUUUCAGUGACACAGGAGGAGGUAUUUAGACAGAAACACUACUACCACACAAAAAGGACAAUAUUUGUAAAGAGGUGCUGCUUUGUCUGCAGGGGCACCAAAAUCAAAACAAACCUAUAGCUCCUUGCAGGACCUUUAAAGCAACAGUUGGAGCACUUAAGCACAAAAAUAUCACAGUUUCAUCCCUAGAGCUGCUGUCCAAUCUUACAACAUAGUGACCAUCUUUCCUGUUUAGCUGCUUUUUUUUCCCAAAAAUAAACACAACACACUUACAAUAUCAAGGUACUCAGAAUUUCUCCAGAAUGAAUGUUGUAUAAAUAGUUUAGAUUGCAAUGAUUCAGUUUUAUCAGUAACUUUUAUCAUGUGGCUUCAGUAUUCCUGUGAAUAUGAUGUACAGUAUAUAUAUAGAUAUAUAUAGGUGUGUUUUACUUCCUGUGAAGGUCAAAGCCCAUUCUUGGUGGACCUUUGUUUGAAGAAUGUACUGAGAUUAAAUAUAAUCACUACACUUGUAGAACAAGACAAUCUUUAACAUACUUCA